ACUCACAUUGUGAUUAUUUAUUUUUUUUUCGCACAUUUUUAAAUUUUUUCCUUGAUUUCGGUCGAAAAUCGUCCCAAAAAUGAGCAAAGCUGAAGUAACGAAGCUCAUGUCGCGCCUCCGCAUCAACUAUUUGUCGCGACAUCGGAAUCUGAAGCAGCCAGAUGGGCCCGAAGGUCGCAUAAAUAAGCUCCGGAAGACGGUAACCGGUCUGAUAAAGAACGAACGGAUCGAAUUGAACUUUGCCAGGGCGGAUGAGGCUCGUGGGUAUGCCGAACGACUCAUUUCCGAUGCAAUUCGGCACGGGGAUUGUCACAGACCAACGAUGGAAAUGGCGGAUUUUUGGCUGUUGGAGAAGCAGCUGGUGCACAAGUUGUUCAAAGUGCUGGUGCCGCGGUACGAGACGUCGCCGUUGUCGUAUACGCGAAUGUGGAAGGCGCCGCGCGAAUAUCCCGGGCAUUAUCGACUCAGAGCCGUUUUGGAGCUGCGGGGCAAUCCGUUUCCGUCGUUGGAACCGACAAAGAGUCAUCGGAGGAAUUUGUUGCAUAAUGUGUUGUUGCACGAAGCACGGAAGGAAAGUGUCAGAGAAAAGUUGGAACAAAGUGCGGCGGAUUUGACGACGAAAAAAGUUGAAGUAGAGAAGCCAAAAGAGGAAAAGAAGGCGGAAAAGACAGAAAAAGAUGAAAAAUCAAUAGAAAAAGAGGAAGAAACGAAAAAAUAGCGUAAAUUGUUAAGUAGUGAAUUAAUAAAUUGAAGAAAAAAGUAAAGAAAUUUUGUGAUUAAAAAC